CAAGAAGAAGGAAAGUGUCCAAACUGACUCUCUGUUCCUCUGACUGUUUCUGAGCCCGACCGACGCACCGGGAAACUUUUUGUCCAUGUCACCGGCCACCCUGAGGCCAGGACACCCAUCAGCCUGCAGCCGAGCCCAAAGCCUUUUCCACGGAUUAAUUUAACCAAACCGGGAUUUGAUAGCCUGCUGAUGGAUUUUAACCUGCUGACGGACAGCGAGGCCCGCAGCCCGGCUCUCUCCCUCUCUGACUCCGGGACCCCGCAGCACGAGGCGGGGUGUAAGGGCCAGGACACCAGCGACACAGAGAAAUCCCAGCAGAACCAGCUGGAUGAGUCCAGCGCUGAGGACGGCUCCCUGAAGAAGAAGCAGAGGAGGCAGAGGACUCACUUCACCAGCCAGCAGCUGCAGGAGCUGGAGGCCACCUUCCAGAGGAACCGCUACCCCGACAUGAGCACCAGGGAGGAGAUCGCAGUGUGGACCAACCUCACAGAGGCCCGGGUCAGGGUAUGGUUCAAGAACCGCCGUGCCAAGUGGAGAAAGCGAGAGAGGAACCAGCAGGCGGAGCUAUGCAAAAACGGCUUUGGUGCCCAGUUCAAUGGACUCAUGCAGCCCUACGAUGACAUGUACACAGGCUACUCCUACAACAACUGGGCCACCAAGAGCCUAGCAAGCAGCCCCCUCUCCGCCAAGAGCUUCCCAUUCUUCAACUCAAUGAAUGUAAGCCCCCUAUCAUCCCAGCCCAUGUUCUCCCCCCAAAGCUCCAUCCCCUCCAUGAACAUGGCCUCCAGCAUGGUGCCCUCAGCAGUGGCCGGGGUUCCCACUACGGGGCUUAACAACCUGGGUAACCUGAACAACCUCAAUAGCCCUACAGCGCUCAACUCGGUGGCGGUGUCUGCGGCCACGUGCCCCUACGCCUCCACCGCCAGCCCCUACAUGUACAGAGACACCUGCAACUCCAGCCUGGCCAGCCUGCGGCUCAAAGCCAAGCAGCACACCAACUUCGCCUACCCGGCAGUGCAGAACCCCGUGUCCAACCUGAGCCCCUGCCAGUACGCUGUGGACCGGCCGGUAUGAAGGAGAAGCUCCGGCGACCAUCCCUAACCAACUGACCAGCUGUUAGUCCACUGUUACUCCACUCCUCAUCUCACACUGCCAGAUGUGCUGCAGCCUGGCAGAUUGUGUUUCGAUGGUACACAAAGAGAAUAAUCUUCAAAACUGACACAACAAAUAGAAUUGCCCAGAUGGACCACCGUGCUUCAAAGGAAUUCUUUCCAGUUUGUGGGACUUUGUCGCUGACCAACUGCCUAAAGGAUUUCUAAAGAUUAUAUGAAUUAUCUUUUUUUUUUUGCCUUCUUUUGAACUGCAUGAUUAGAAUAAACGUAGAAAACAAGAGUAAAUAAAACAUGGAUGCUUCAACUGGACUGGUGUUCAACAUGUUGACCCACAAACAUCAGAUGCGAUCUGCGCGACUGUCGCAGGAAAAGGGACCUGUGGUUGCUAUGCAGGAGAAAUGGAGGAUGUAUAUAACGGACCUUUUUGUUUUGUAUGUGACAAAAAAUAUAUGAAAACGUACUUUAAAGAUGAGAAAAGCAUGUUCUUCAAAAGCAAAGGCCCGAGGUUUAUGUACUAUGAGCACAUCCUUUAGGAACUUUAAACUUUGUUGUGAUUCUUCUCUACGUGGAAGGUCACAGGUCAAAGGUCAGCCUGGAUGGGCAACAGGAGGGCCGUCCUGGAAAGUGAACACAACAACAACAAGUUACUCACACAUACCGGAACAUCAGCAAGAUUUUUCAAGUAAAAACUCUAAGCCAUUGAGUAUAUAGAUUUGUGUGGUGUUUUACGAAGCAAGUCCAUGACUGUAAAAAGUGUAUGUAAGAGUGCAGUUGUCAUUGCAAAAAAACAAGCUUUUUUUCCUGGUGUAGCCUGCUCUGUCUCAUUAAAGAACCAA